CUGUUAUAGUGAUACCGUGUGAGCCAAUCUAUGUUACAAAAAAAAAGUAUGUCGAAGACAAAUUGAGACGGUGCCCCCACUUCGUUACAUUACAGAAAGGCCAAUAACAACCUAUCCAGAAGUAUGUGAUUGUAUAAACACUACUUAAGAGAAAAAUUGUCUUUGACAGUUUACCUAGAGCCCGCAGUUAGGCUUCCAUCUGGAAAUAUCAAAUUUUUCGUAAAAAGUAACUGCUCGACAUAAGCGCCAAGACUAUUCUCUGGAAAUGGAAUAUUGUUGUCAUCGAAUUUAAUUUGUUUAGAAAAUCUGUGAAAUGUUAAGGUGAAUAAGAAAGUAUGUUCUUCACAAAAUUGAUUUACCAAAUAAAACUAUUCGGACAGCCUACAAGUCAAAAUAGCCUUUUUAGAUAAUUAAUUACGACGUUAACGUGUCUGGCAAAGCUGGGGAUUCAACACUAUAGGAACUUACAUUGAAAUAGCAGAAAGAUUAAAGGCUGCUUCUUUCAUGACUGUGCCUGCUAACAAGCUCUUUGCGCCGCUGAAAGCAUUUUUAAAGGGUGUCCCUGAUGUCCACCGGAAGUACUACCAUCAGCUUGGGCUCGAAUUUAUCCGAUAUUACCAUCAAACUCGAUGUCUCUCUCAAGGACAACACGACUCUCUCACCUUCGUUUCCGACGAGUGGAAGGGAUUGACCCAUGUAUCAUCUAUGCGAUCGCAUACUUCAGUGAUGUCAUCUACACCGAUCACAGACGUCAAAAACUUCGUAGGCAAGUCGUAUUUUCAAUGCAUUAAACAGACCGAACCAGGACACGAAAGUCGACUGCUGGCUGAUAGUCAUAAAAAGGUACCGUGACAGUUAGGGGAACUGUUUGGCAUGGCAGAAAAAAAUAGAGCGCACUAUCCCUGAAAUUGCAGAAGGCAAUACAAUUUUACGCUCCAACUACGCGAUUUUACUGUUUCAUACUCGUAGAGCUAUAAAAGUACGAACGGAGCAGUUUGCCUAACCCAGUUGUAUGUAUUACGCUCGAAGACGGGACGGGACGCAUAGCUGCAAUUAGAGAUGGAGUUUUUGCUGUUGGUGGGCAGUUAUGGCGGUCCCAGUCACUUUCACGUAAUGGGUCUAGAAUUAUCGUCUUUAUUCACGGUUAUCUGGACUAGCGAUGGCUGAGAAAAGGUAUUAGAAUCGAGUCAUAUAUUUACGAAGGAUUGCUUUUACGCUUAUACUUUGUUUGUCCAUACUGAGAACGAUGUAGAUUUGUUUAAUAAUGCAUCUGUACGUAUGUAGCAACGGUAUACGUAUCUCCAUAUUCGCUGAAGUACGUAAAGAGCUCCAAUAUCCUUUGAGGACCUGAUUUCGUUUAAACAUGAAAGAAAAAGAGAACAUAUUAAAUUCGGUUUGGGUUUAUUACAGUUUUAUGCUGUUCUGAUUUGUACGUUAAACACAACGUCGGCCUAAUGGUCUCCCAAACUUUUAUAAAAGCAGGCGCGUGUAUAAAAUCUCGAAUUUUAGAGUAGUACGCCAUCUUCGAUCGACUUGAUGACCGUAUAAAUAUUAAUUUUUAGUUUCUAGUCUACCGUUAGUUUGUUUGGGUAAAUCUUCUGUUUUACAUACCCGAACGGAAAAAGCGGAGGCGGUUGGAUCCCCGGAAUGUGGCAGGUUUUAGCAUUUUUCGAAGUCAGCCGAUUCAAUGAAAUGGAUGAGAAGUGCAGGGGGAUGAUUCAUGGCUCGUUGGAGAUCAUUAAAGCGUUGGCCAUUUUCUGAAGCUACAAUGUGGAACACACGAAUGUAAAAACGCAGCUGUUAUUUGGGUUAUGCUUCGACAAAGCGAGCUAUUCGGCCAUCACAAACUACGAUUAUAAGAAUAAAUGUCGAUAACUCGUAUGCACGAACGAACAUAAAGUGUUCCGUUUAACAAGGAAAACACAUUCGAAGCAGGAACGUCGUUAUCCGGUGCACGGUAAU